GGUCUCGCGAGACCGAGGCAGAAGGCCGCCGAGAGCGCUUCCGGGAGGUUACCGUGGCGGCCUCGCCCUGCGGGAGCCGGACCCUGGCGGGCUCGUCAUGGACCGCGACUUGCUGCGGCAGUCGCUGGGCUGCCACGGCCCGGCGCUGCUGUCGCUGCUGCGGAGCGAGCAGCAGGACAACCCGCACUUCCGGAACCUGCUGGGCACGGCGGCCGAGCCAGCCCGCGGCGCGGCGCCGCCCCAGGGAGCGGGCAGGAAAGAGAAGAGAGUUGACAACAUUGAAAUACAAAAAUUCAUCUCCAAAAAAGCAGACCUGCUUUUUGCACUGUCUUGGAAGUCAGAUGCGCCUGCACCCUCCGAAGUGCACGACGAUGGUGACAAUCAUUAUGCAGUCAUGCCACCUUUAGAGCAAUUCAUGGAGAUCCCAAGCAUGGACCGGCGAGAGCUGUUUUUCCGAGAUAUUGAACGUGGUGAUAUAGUGAUUGGAAGAAUCAGCUCUAUUCGGGAAUUUGGUUUUUUCAUGGUGUUGAUCUGUUUAGGAAGUGGCAUCAUGAGAGACAUAUCUCACUUAGAAAUCACAGCUCUUUGUCCCUUAAGAGAUGUGCCUUCUCACAGUAACCAUGGAGAUCCUUUAUCAUAUUACCAAACUGGUGACAUAAUUCGAGCUGGAAUCAAGGAUAUUGACAGAUAUCAUGAAAAGCUUGCAGUAUCUCUGUAUAGCUCAUCUCUUCCACCACACCUAUCUGGCAUUAAACUAGGUGUGAUUACUUCUGAAGAGCUACCUUUGUACUACAGGAGGAGUGUUGAACUAAAUAGUAAUUCCUUGGAGUCCUAUGAAAACAUCAUGCAAAGUUCUCUGGGAUUUGUUAAUCCAGGAGUAGUUGAAUUCCUUCUAGAGAAACUAGGAAUAGAUGAGUCUCAUCCACCAUCUUUAAUGAGAGGCCUACAAAGCAAAAAUUUCUCUGAAGAUGAUUUUGCUUUGGCUUUAAGAAAGAAGCAGUCAGCAUCGUGGGCUUUGAAAUGUGUGAAGAUUGGGGUCGAUUAUUUUAAGGUUGGGCGACACGUGGAUGCUAUGAAUGAAUACAAUAAAGCUCUGGAAAUAGACAAACAAAAUGUGGAAGCUCUGGUAGCUCGUGGAGCACUAUAUGCAACCAAAGGAAGUCUGAACAAAGCAAUAGAAGAUUUUGAGCUAGCAUUAGAAAACUGCCCAACUCACAGGAAUGCAAGAAAAUACCUCUGCCAGACACUUGUCGAAAGGGGAGGGCAGUUAGAAGAAGAAGAAAAGUUUUUAAAUGCUGAAAGUUACUAUAAGAAAGCUCUGGCUUUGGAUGAGACUUUUAAAGAUGCAGAGGAUGCUUUGCAGAAACUUCAUAAAUAUAUGCAGAAAUCUUUGGAAUUAAGAGAAAAACAAGCUGAAAAGGAAGAAAAGCAGAAAACAAAGAAAAUAGAAACAAGUGCAGAAAAGUUGCGUAAGCUCUUAAAAGAGGAGAAAAGGCUGAAGAAGAAAAGAAGAAAAUCAUCAUCUUCCUCUUCAAGUGUUUCUUCUGCUGAUGAAUCCGUUUCUUCUUCCUCAUCUUCUUCCUCUUCUAGUCACAAACGGCAUAAGAAAAGUAAGAGAAGUCGUUCAGAGUCUUCUCGAAGUUCAAAGAGGCACUGGUCUAAGACAUCUUCAAGUCACAUAGAUCAGAAUAGGAAAGAUGAUUGCUACCCAGUUCCAACUAAUACUUCAGCAUCUUUCCUUAAUCAAAAACAAGAAGUGGAGAAGCUGCUGGAAAAGCAGGGUAGGUUACAGUGUCCAAACACACAGGUAAAAGAGAAAGAGAGAUGCCUUCUCACGUCUUCAGUUGAAGUGCCAGAUGAUUUGGGAGGUAGGUCUGAAGACACAAGAGAGUCUUACAAUAACUAUAAAACCCAGGCAGGUAGUAGCAAAACCGAAAAGCCAUAUAAGUCAGAAAGAUAUUUCUCCAGUAGGAGAAAUUCCUCAGAUUCCUUCUGUAGAAAUUCAGAGGAUAAGAUGAAAGCUUCUAGUUCUAGGAGAUUUGAAAAGGACACAGAGGGAAGAAAAGAUCACUCUAGGAGGUGGGAGCCAGGGUCUGUGAAGUACUCUACUUCACCAGCAAGUUCGGACUACUCUUGGAAGUCACUGGAAAAACACAAAAAAUACACUUCUUCUGGAUCACGUGACAGUAGACCUGAGCAGAGACACCAGUUCAAUACAAACCAGGGAGAGCGUGCAUAUGUAAAAGAGAACAGCUGUGGGGAGGGUAACAAAACCGAGGCUCCAGAAGACACAGUAAAUAGCAAAGAGCAACCAGAAAGCAGAAUUAAGAAAAACUUACCUCAAAAUCUACUCAAUAUAUUUAAUCAGAUAGCUGAAUUUGAGAAAGAAAAAGGAAAUAAGCCAAGAAAGUGAUCUGCUGAGGAAAUCUUCACUAAAUUUUCAGAAGUCUGGGGAUGCUUUAAUCCUAGGAAACGUCUGGGUCUAAAAUUAUUUGUAGCAGAUGACAAGAAGUUUCUAGGUUUUGUUUCAGUUAUCCCCUUCAUCAUAGUGCUGCAGGUAUGUGCAGAUAGAGCUCUUACUCUGGCAACUUAAACUUUUCACCUCAAGAUAUUUCCUGAGCACUUUGUUUCUUCAUUGUAUUGUGGUUUGUAAGAACCCUAGGCCUAUCAGAUCUCACUGUUGGAGAGAAAUACGUUUGCGCUAAACAGUUGGAUGUUUUAUCAAAAAAUACUCUCUUUUGUUAAAAAGCCAUUAGCUUUUGGGGGGAAAUAUUAUAUGUUUGAAUGUUUCUUAGGUACUAUUUUAAGUCAUUUGUUUUAGGCAUUAAUUUUUUUGCACCGUUUCAUUUUUAAGUGAUAAAUUAUGACUUGGUUUACCUCUUAAUGCCUGAUGUAAAUGGUUUGUGAACAUUGUUUUCUUCCCAGCUUAACAAAAUACCUUAAGAAUAAUAAGACCAUGAAAGUUGGUUAA